UCGCGUUGGAGUGCUGCAACACGUCUUCUUCCCGACCAGAGCACAACUGUCACACGACUCUCUUCAUGAACACUGUCAACACAAGACGUGAAUGAAUGGUCACCGAUGAUUCCACCCGCUAACGUUGAAGAUUUGCAGGAACCACAACCUGACGGCAACCGGGGUGCUUGCUAUGGUUUUCCAGUUGCGGCUGGGUUUCACACACUACCAAAGACCUCCAGUUCUGUUCAUAUGGCUUCGCAGAGCAGACAACAUUUGCCCUUUAGACCCAUGUCUUGUUCUACAGAUACGAUCCCUUCAACUUCAGCCUCCUCCCACGAAACGUCGGUAUCCAGUCUGGAAUACCGGGAGAAAGUAUACUCUACACUGGCUCGGUCUUAUGCAAACAUUCUCACGGCUAGUGCGACUGAGGAGCUGAAAAUCAGCCUUGGAGACCAAUGGCCCGAGCUCGCACGUCGUCUCAAGCUAAAGCAAUACCAGAUUGAUCAUAUAGUAAAUGAAAACAGAUCAGACUUGCAAGGUCAGAUCUACAACAUGCUUCGAUGUUGGCAGCAAAGGAAGACAGGAGAAGCAACCAUCCCUGAGCUUUAUGGUGCCCUGAAAGAGUGCAAUCGUCUGGACAUUAUGCAUAAGCUACAAGCUAUGGAAGAUAAUUCGUGAUUGUCAUGAUACAAUAAAAAAAAGAUUUUCAACUUCAGGAAAAAACGGGAAAAGCCAAACCUAUGUAUUAGAGUAGUUUUAGAAUCAAUGUUCUAACUUAGAAGUCCUUUCAAUGUCACCAUUGUGUACUUUGUUACAACUUUUGUACCAGUAUGCCUGUACUUAGCCCGUUAUGGCGUGGAUGUAUAAUAAAGGCUACCAUCAUCAUCAUCAUUGAAUAUAAAUGUCAUCAUGUGCAGACGCUAUGCACCUGUAACUUCUUUCAUUUUUCAAUAAAGUUUGUAUGUUUCAUGUCUAUAUAGCUAGAGGGUUAUGUGUGCUUACACUGUAGCUAGACGUCAAUGUUUUUAACGAAUAAAG